CCACAAUUCAGAAAAUAGCAUUUGAUUUAAAAUACAUGUGUACAUAGCAAAAACGUUUUUUUUCUCAUUGUUUUUGAAUUUACUAAGCCAUUCAAAUGCAUUUAGAUUAUUUAAAUAACUUUGGAUCAUUUUCUCCGUUUCGAAAGAAGAUCGGUUCUUUAAAUAGGAACAAAGAAACCGAUAUAAAUAUAGAAGCAAUCGACUGUGCUAAUCACGAAGACAUAGUGAGCGAAAUUAUAAGACAAGAGCCAGAACGGGGGCAUUGGUCUGGAAGAUUCGACUUUCUAUUAGCAUGUUUAGGCACUGCUGUUGGAUUAGGAAAUGUAUGGAGAUUUCCAUUCUUAUGCUACAGUAACGGAGGAGGCGCCUUUCUAAUUCCUUAUGUUAUCAUGACGUUCGUAAUUGGAAUGCCUGUAUUUCUAGUGGAACUGACAUUAGGCCAGUUCAGUGCAAUAGGCCCUCUAAAAAUUUUCAAAUAUUUAUCCCCGGCAUUUAAAGUUUAUUUUCGAAUAUUUAAAUUUGAAGCGUUUCGAAAGAAGAUCGGUUCUUUAAAUAGGAACAAAGAAACCGAUAUAAAUAUAGAAGCAAUCGACUGUGCUAAUCACGAAGACAUAGUGAGCGAAAUUAUAAGACAAGAGCCAGAACGGGGGCAUUGGUCUGGAAGAUUCGACUUUCUAUUAGCAUGUUUAGGCACUGCUGUUGGAUUAGGAAAUGUAUGGAGAUUUCCAUUCUUAUGCUACAGUAACGGAGGAGGCGCCUUUCUAAUUCCUUAUGUUAUCAUGACGUUCGUAAUUGGAAUGCCUGUAUUUCUAGUGGAACUGACAUUAGGCCAGUUCAGUGCAAUAGGCCCUCUAAAAAUUUUCAAAUAUUUAUCCCCGGCAUUUAAAGGAUUGGGAUAUGCCAUAAUAAUUGCAUCGACUUUUGUUUGCAUAUAUUAUAAUGUAAUUAUCUCGUGGACUAUUUUCUAUUUUUUCGAUUCUGCUCGAAGCGUUGUUAACUGGCAAUUUUGUGAUCAUUCUUUCAAUACCGAAGCAUGUUUCAGAGAAGCUGAUUAUAGUGCUUGCAAAAUGCAAAAUUCUUCUCAUGUGUUUUUUAAUCGAACUUGUUAUAAUUCAACUUACGCCAUUUCCAAUAACAUAACUGAAAUUCCUGCGGCAAAUAGAAUUUCACCCGCUCAAGAAUAUUUCAAUUUUUACGUUUUGAAUAUAUCAUCUGGAAUCGAAGAUAUUGGAUCUAUAGAAUGGAAGAUCGCUUUAUGUCUUUUAGUAUCGUGGAUAGUUGUUGUGAUCUCAUUAAUUAAAGGAAUUAAAUCAUCAGGAAAAGUUGUUUAUUUCACAGCUACAUUUCCUUAUGUUAUCCUCUUUAUAUUAUUCAUUCGAGGAGUAACAUUAGAAGGAGCUACUGAAGGGCUCAAAUUUUAUUUGAUACCCGAUUUUUCAAAACUAUCUGAUAUAAAGGUUUGGGAAGCUGCAGCCAUUCAAGUAUUCUAUUCAUUCAGUAUUGGAGGAGGCGGAAUGUUAACUUAUGCCAGUUACAAUCGUUUCAAAAAUAAUUUAAUUAAAGAUGUCCUGAUAAUCGGAAUAGCCGAUAUGUAUUAA